UGACCAAUCAAAGCGGUGGGAUUGGCAUAUCCAAGAAGCGAGAGAAGCGAGCAAGAUGCAGCAAGUCUGCGACUGGUCGAUGGCCGUGCCGGUCGCCCGUGGUCGCCUCAUGCCCAUGGCGCCUCUGGUUAUGAAGGGCGAUCCAGGCUCGGGGAGGCUCGUGCUGGACUUGUCCCUGCCCGUGCCGCCACCACGGUGCGCCGUUGGCAUCUGGCAAGCUACCACGGGCGUGAAGAAGGAAGAGAAGUUUCCAAGCCCCGCGCCUCUUGUUGUUUCGCCGAGUCAAAUACCAAAGCGCCCAUACCCCGAAGAGGCGUACGCUAGCAACGUACGCAACGUGCGGCGCGCAUUUGACCGGCGCUGCUCCGUCGAAAGUCCCAGCAAGUCCUCGCCCACCCCGCCUGCUUGGCCGCAGCAACGUCUGCAGGCAGCGCCUUCAUUAGAGCCCGAGUUGAUGAACGCCUUUGUGAAGCUCGAGACCCGGCCACUACAAGACGCAGCGCCACGGGUCGCCACCGCUAGCCACCCCGCGCCGCGUGCAUCGUGGGCUGCACUUUCCGACUUUGUCGCUCCGAUUCCGAUCUUUGUAUCAGUCGAAGCCCCAGCUCCGACCGCCGCGCCAACGCCGGCCAUCCCGCCAGAGCUCGAAGCACCAGCACCGGACCCUUCCAGCUCGAUGCUCCUUGAAGAUACGGAAGUGCGGUCGCCGGUGGCGUCAAUCGACAUUGUGGGUGAAGACGCUGAUGAUGACGCCCGGGAUGACGAUGACCGAGACGAACUACCUUCGCAGCCACCGAUGCUGGACGACGUCGAUGUGUACUACUACGGCGGCGGCGGGUAUGGAUGGACACCCGGCAACGUCGUUGGCGAGGUGGGCGAAAUGUACGAGCUGUCGCAAGACGGGCAUUGAUUGUAACUUCUAAACGAUAUGAUUGCG